AUGCUUGCUGGCUGGAUUCUCGACGGCAGCGUCAGCAGUCUUAGUCGUACACGCAGUCUCGGCCUAGUCAGUCAGAUACUCGGGUAUCGCGCGCUUGAUCUCGGCGUCAACACCGGAUCAGUCUUGCUUGGUCUCGAUCGCCAACUCGCCUGCUGCGCUUCUGGAACGUGGUCUCGUCGGCCAGUCAGACUGCCUCAUCGUUGUCUCACCCGUAGCGAAGCAAUCUUUGGCGCAGACUGGGGCAAGUUAGCUGUUCUCGGCGGUCACCUGUCUCGACUUGACAAAUCGUUGAUGACUGGUCUCAGCCGGAUCUAUCAAAAGUGGGCCUUCAUUGGCACUGCGCUCUACAGCACGUGUGACAAUACAUUGAGACUCCUGUUCUCGCCAGUAUCUUUGACGAGCCAGGCGCCAAGGCGUCCGAAGUGCUCAGCGCCUUCCGCGCCACGCUCGCAUCGACAGCUCCCAAUGGGUAUGCCGGGCCACAACGACGACUUUUCGCGGUGGCAAACUCCCCUGGCUGCCCCCAAUAGAGAUAUGUAUCAAUACCAGCAUCAGUCGGCCUCGCAAGCCUACGCGAAACCAAAUGCCCAUGGCCAAGUGCGCAUGAAUGAUCAACCAGUCGAGCAGGGCUCCUUUGCACCCCCACAAUAUCAACAGUAUCAGCCGUAUAGCAUGGCAAAUCCAAACGCUGCGCAAGUCAAUUAUGGCGCAAGCGGAUGGACUUAUGGUGCAGUGCCCCCUGCGCCCAUGCUCAGCUAUCGCGCAUAUCCAUCUGUGCUGCCUCAGCCUGCACAAGCUGAUAUGAAUGCGUCGGCAUGGCCAGAGAAUCACCGACAGAUGCCCGUGCAAGCUGCUGUCGCACCACAGCAGAAUCAGUGGCCGCUGCAAUCUCAGAUUCAGCCUGCCGUUGCGGCAAACAACAGCAUACGCCAGAGCGCUUACGGUCAAUACAACGACGCGAUGCAUUCGGCUGUGGCUCUGGCGCAGCAUGCUCAAGCAUAUCAGCGACAAGCGCAGCACGCGCAUGCCCAGCUGCAAUUGCAGCUACAGGCAGAGCAGCAGCAGCCUGUGCUGGUCACGCCCUCCGCCUCCGCGGUGCCCCCUCCCCCGCCAGCCCAUCUAUCGGCUGUGCCCUUUGCAACAUUUGCCUCGGAUGUCGUACGCCUUCUGACGACCGGACAGCAGCUUACGUCUUGCUCGCUAUCGGGCUUCCCCUUCGACUCGCCCGUCUUCGACUCACCGGCCUCGCCCGCUUCGCUAAGAUCUUCGCGCACGCGUACAUCCGGAUCGUCGCUGAACAGCUCCGGCAUCUUGGCCGGUCAAAUGACGCCCAAUACUUUCGGUGCCAUCGGCAGUGAGCGCAGGGCCCGCAACAGCUCUGCUAAUAGCGGCGCGAGUAGCCCAGCGAGUUCUCUCAUAGUCACGCCACCAUCAGCUCACCAUGCCACGCGCGUCGUCGAUAUCGCGAGCGACGACGCCGCGAACCUCAAAUUUGCUUCGGGUCUGCCCACGGACAUCAAUUGGGCCUUCGAUCCGGCUCAACCCUCCCGCCUGAAUGCCGCUGUUGCGCGCAGUACUCGCGCGAGCGCCACAUCACAGUCUAGAGCCAUGGGCUCACGCUUACAGACGAGCAUUGCGCAUCUGCUGUCGCAGACGCUUCUUUCGCCGCAAGUACUCUUCCUUGCGCUAUAUUAUAUCAGUCGCCUCUCGCGUCAUCCCACAUCAUUGCUUCUCGAUCAAUGCAGAAUUGCCGAGGUCGGACCCGAUCAUGCAGAGCUCGGCAGCUUCAAGGUGUUCGUCGCUGCGCUGAUCGUAGCAAACAAGCAACUGGAUGACAAUUCGUACCGCAAUUCGAUGUUCGCUGCCGUCACUGCAUUGCAAGUCUCCGACAUCAAUGCCAGCGAGAUUGCGCUGCUGUCUGAGCUUCAGUGGUCGUCCAGUGUGGACGUCGAGGAAUGGCAAGCAUGGCUACAGCAUGCUGAUAUGCGUCUCACCAGCAAGAUCGACCUACCCAGCGAAGCUGUUCAACUCUUUGAGGAUCUAAAGGGCUUUGCCAAUACCAUGCUCGCACGCUCGCGGGCCUGUCGCGCCGAGCUGCGGCAUCUUGGCAGCUCAGUCGAGCGAGGCCGCGCCCUGCCCUCACCACCCGCGACGCAUAGCACGAAGCUGCGACCUGUCAACACUCUGUCAAGCCUUGCACCUAAGGCGCGUCCCCGCCUCGGACGCCAAUCAUCUUGCAGCGAUGAGGCUAGGCAAUUUGUCUCAAGCGCGACGAUUUCAGCGCUCGGAUAG